AUGAAGAAAUGGGGUUCGUACGCUGUCGACAGUCCGAUGGACAUCAAACACCAUGCUUCGUUGCCAAUGGGUGGCCACUCUCGAGCGAAUGAUGCCGAUACUAAGACUCGUGCGAUCUUCGUGCUCGCAGCGAAGCUUGCGCCAUACAAUGUCUACGGCAACCCCUUCUAUGAACACGCGGGCUUCUUGAAUGUCUUCAGCGUGGAUUCUACCAGAGCUAUUGACAAGAACAUCCAGAACGCUGAGCUCGAUGAGAAGUCUGCUAUCCAUGGCAUGGUGUUUGAUUCGAAGGAGGAGUAUUUGUAUUCUGCUGACAUGUGGGCCAAUAAGAUCUGGACUCACAAGAAAGACCCGCAAACUGGCCAACUAACCCUCAUCGACUCCACGCUCGCACCCUCCCCCAACGACCACCCCCGCUGGGUCGAGAUCCACCCCUCCAACACCCACCUCUACGUCCUCAUGGAAUCCGGCAACCGCCUCUGCAUCUACACCCUCGACCCCAGCACCCACAAACCGAUCUACACCAACCAGACAUACCCCCUCAUCCCACCCGACUUCGACAAGUUCCAUCCCAAAAUGUACCGCUCCGACGUCUGCUUCUGCUCGCAGAGCGGCGAGUACCUCUUCGCUACGUCCCGCUCUAACAGCCCGGACUUGACCGGCUACAUCGCAGCAUUCAAGCUCGGGAAGCAGGGGGAGGUGGAAAGGCAGAUCUGUUUGAACCCGACGCCGACGAGCGGUGGGCAUUCGAAUGCUGUGAGUCCGUGUCCGUGGAGCGACGAGUGGUUGGCGCUGUGUGAUGAUGAGAAGGGGUUUGUGGAGAUGUAUCGGUGGAAGGAUGAGUUGUUGGGGCGGGUGGCGCAUUUGGAUAUCAAGGAGCCGGGGUUUGGGAUGAAUGCUAUUUGGUAUGACUGA